AUGGUUCAGAUACCAAAGGAUCCAGUCCUGGAACCGGACCGGACUGUGGACACCAGGGCCGCUCAGCAACAGUCUGGUGUCAAUUCACAGACUUCACAUGUACCGGCUGGACUGGUCAAUUCCUCUCAGAUAAACCCUGCGACGAUAUCGUCAAACCAUUGUACCUUCCCUCUUUCACCCUCAAUCCCUGCGCAAUCAUCAUCACCGCAGCUCAAACUACCCGAAGCUCAUGAUGCCGAUCCCGCUGUUGAGCGGACCGAUAGAAGGCCACGGAGUAUAAAGGAGGAUGCAAGAGGUACUGGAGAAGUCGCCCUUCCAAAUUUCGAAACAUUUCCAACCGAUUGUGAUCGGGCUUCCCCAACAAGCAGAGCUACACCAUGCCACACCCCUUCUUACCUACCGGGUGAACGAGAGCUCAGCCCAUCCCCACAAGUAUCCUCGGCCCAGCAAAGUCCUUUCGCAAGUCCCUCUCUCCAACAGCGAACUCAGUCACUAACCGGAUCGGCGGUGGACGUAAUCAGAGCCUCCUCGCCCCCCUUCUCGUCUCCACAGUCACUCUCGCCGUUGUCACCCUUCCCUCCGUCCCUAGUGUCGGGAUCCUCAGCUCUGGACACACAUUGUGGCGAUGUCUCGAAUGGCAUGGCCGCAGCCCCCGAUGCUCCAGCGGGGUCCAGUGACCAUCGCUCCACGUGUAUUGAAUCAUUCUGCUCAGACCCUGCACCCUCCCAACCCGUCGACAACGCUCGAAUCGAUUCUGACCAGCCUGACCCGCUGAAGGCGCACGGCAUAGCUUUUCACGACGAGUCUGAUUUCGUUGGCUCGGCGGAUGGGCCUUCUCCUCCUCAACGCAGACUGUCCAAUGGACAAUUAGUAUUAGGCUCAACAGCUGAACAUCGAGCAGCCCUUCCUCUAUCGCCAGCAAAGACUCCAAGAUGUGAAGACUCCGCUGUAGAUCUGGCGCGGACGAGGAAGAGGAUGAGAAAGUCAGCUUUAGAGACGAAAAACGAACCAUCGAGGAAGGCACGCAAAAUCCACAAAAGGUCAUCCGUCAAAGACUGCACGGUACCUGGGCCACUUUGUGCCCUGAUCGAUCAGAUUGGAAGACGUGGAAAGACAGCGGAUAUACAGGAAAUCGUCCGAGAGCUGAAGACGCGGCCGCAUCGACCGCCUGGCCUUACCCCCACCAUCUACAGCAGAAUCCCCAUUCGAAGCGACACAACCCCGCUUCGAAUCAUCCGAGCAAUCCCGAAUCUAGCUGGAGAGAUUGAGGCUAGUACAAUCAACGAGCAGCUGUCGCGCGUUCACAAUCGCAUUGCCCUUGCAGACUUUUAUUGCGCAUAUCGUGCUGCACAAGCUAAACCAGACGAAUUUCUGCAGGAACUUGCCCGAAACGCCCCCCACCGUAGGAACCCGCCACGGGCCCCGAAAGGGACCAGGCGCGCAGAAGUCAAAGAAUGUUUUAUCGAGCUCGUCUUCUGUCGAUCGGUGGGCCAGCGGAAUCGGGGGAAAGAUUCCACCCGAGUGAAUAAUUGGCAGAGCUGGGGCAGGCCUUGGUUCGAACUCAUCAACCGAUUUGGAACAGGCUUUUUGCUGCUCAUACCGGAUGAUGUGACCAACCGUAGGUUGAGGGAGUUGAAGAAAGAGGAAUUCAGCGAUUUUCUGAAGCUUGUUGAACAACGAGAGCCGGAAUUCAGGGACAACCUUGCCGCAGCAAACGAUCUAGUCAAUGGGAUGUUCUUCAAUUCUGAUCCAGAUGCAGAAAUAGCCCGGGGCCACUCAAAUUAUCGGGCGGUAUCUUCAAGAUCAGGCCUGAACUUCUCGGCAGGAAUUGCUUCAGUUCCUCCAGCAAACCAUGACGAUCUCCGCGCGGCAAAUUUUGCAGAAGGCCCGGCUUUCACUCCAGAUGCUCUUUCACAAGACGUUAGUCCCUUGGAAGAAGCGGACGCCUUUUCGGGACCAGACCUGGACGCUCUCCUGACCUCUUCAUUUCGUCAGGCUGCAGAAUCCCGGCAGCGGAACGGAAUCUUCGGUCAGUGUUACCUGUGGCAGAGCAUUCGGUUCGAUGAUCCGGAGGGUAUCGACGGACGGCCAGAAUGGUGGCCACGCGUCCAGCGAAGCCACAGACAGCCAUCUCGUUACCAAAUUCUACCAUUUUUCUACUCUCAACGGUGGCAACUGGCCAUCUUCGACAUCGCUGAGAACCUUGUGGUGUGCUACGAUAGUGUAUGGACCCUUGGGUCGCCGAAUUCUACGUUUGCACUGCUUCAACAUUGGUUUGAUCAGACAGAUACACCCGUCGCGAAUACCGCGAAAGACACAGUCGUCGUAACGUGGUGGUUAGCAUGUCAAAUUAUUGCUGGCGAUGAAGUCACAGAUCGCUCUAUCGAUUGGCAAUCCGAGACAGCUCUAGCAGACCGAAUUCUUUCUGAUCGGGAAGAGACAAUAUGUCAGACUGUAGAAACUUCCCUGGAGGAACUUGUGUCUCCAUCAAUCCACUCCGGUGUAGAAAGAGCCUACUGA